AUGGCUGGAUUGCUUGGAUUGAUUAGAUGGAUGGAUGAAUGGAUGGAUGGAUGGAUGGAUGGAUGGAUGGAUGGAUGGAUGGAUGGAUGGAUGGAUGGAUGGGAUCCACAAAAGUCGCGUCCUCCUCGUUCGUUAUUCGCAUUGUCCUCCAAUCCAUCGGUCGCACGAGUCAGUAGAAAUGCAGGUGGACUGGCUGCGCGGCCAGUUCUUUUCAAUAAUAGGUUUAUUGCUGUCGCAGGCCAAAUCUCAAUUCUAGGCAACGUUUGCUUGCCUAUUCCGCCUCCAGAUAUAUCAUUCACCCGGUCGAAUUUCGGCUUCGAUUUAAGUAUUAUCGUUAGCUCGAAAUCGAAUUUAUAA